UACAUUUUAACUAAAAAUUUUACGUCGUAAAUAAAAUUAAUAAUUUUCCAAAUGAUUUCAUUAAAACUUUACACAUUUAGUUUUGUAUUAUUUUCUGUAAUAUUGUAUACAAAACCAAAGCCAAAUUUAAAAAAAAAUGUUGAUCAGUUAGAUAAGUUAUUAAGCUAUCCCGGAUGGAAUAAUUUAAAUGAUUUGAAGUUUAUAAAAUAUUACAGAAAAAGUUAUUAUAUUAAAAAUCUGAUUCAAACACCUACGUGUCGCUAUAAAUGUGAUCAAAAAAUAUGUGCUUUGAUGUUACAUCUUAAUUGUACAUACGUAAAAGUUUUAAAUAAUAUAUUUCCAGUUAUUAGCAACAUUCUACAAAAAUGCUACAAAAAAAUUAUAAACGAGAACGAUUUCAUAAAUGGAUGUAUUUGUACUGAAGAACUCAUUGACAUAAUAUCAUUAUUAAUUGUUCCAAUGGCAGCAUUAAUGAAAGGAGCUAUAGACAGUUUAGAUUCAAUUCAACAAUAUCCAUGGAAAAAUAACUCAUGGUAUUAUAACAACUACUACAUGAUGAGUUCUGCAAUAGGGGAAAUAGGAAAUAUUAUUGACGAAUUAAACGAACUAUCUUUAUCACGUGAUGAUGUUUCUACAUACACUUGGACAUUAAGUACUAUAAAUAAUUUUUUUCUAAAAAUAGAAGGUGAAAUAAACAAUAAAGCUGUAUCCUAUUGUAAAUUUGUAUCAUUUGAUAAGGAUGAGUUAUGGAAAAAAUGGGUUCAACAGUAUAAUGUAAAUAUUAAUCAGGGCAUAAAAUUAGUAUUUGUCAAAUUUUUAACCAGAAAAUUAAAGGAUUAUAUCAAUACAACAAUUAUAGGGAAGUAUUUUCAAUUGGGAUUUAAAUUUGAUCCAUUUACCGAGGAUACAUUUAUAGAAACACUAGAAGAGCAUAUUGAUAUAGAAUUGGAACUUAAGCAAUGGUAGAUGCAGAUCCAAUUCAAAUAGAAACUAUUCAAAAUAUAUUAUAUUCAAUAAGAUAAUUUUAGCAAAAUAAUUAGUGUAAUUAAAAUGUUAAAAACUUAAAUAGCCUAAUAAAAUAAAAAUAAUAACACCAUUUAAUAAUGUACACAAUUAAGUAAACUUAUUAAUAAAAACGAUGUACACAUAACACUAAAAAUAUAUCAAAAACUAUUUUUUAAAAUAAAAACAAUUAAA